AUGAAUAUGUCAGAAAUUACAUUAGGAAGAUUUCUUUUCGAAAGAUUGCACCAAUUGAAAGUUGACACCAUUUUCGGUGUGCCAGGUGAUUUCAAUUUGUCGCUUUUGGACAAGGUCUAUGAGAUUGACGGAAUGAGAUGGGCAGGUAAUGCCAACGAAUUGAAUGCUGGUUACGCAGCAGACGGUUAUGCCAGAGUUAAGGGUCUUUCAGCUGUUGUUUCCACUUUUGGUGUUGGUGAGUUAUCAUUGACCAAUGCUAUCGCCGGCUCAUUCGCUGAACACUGUGCUGUUUUGAACGUUGUUGGUUUACCAUCAGUCAAUGCUCAAGCUAAGCAAUUGUUAUUGCACCACACUUUGGGUAACGGUGACUUUACUGUUUUCCACAGAAUGUUCAAAAACAUUAGUCAAACUAGUGCUUUCAUCUCCGAUAUCAACUCGGCUCCUCACGAAAUCGACAGAUGUAUCAGAGAUGCCGUUAUUUACCAAAGACCAGUCUAUCUUGGUUUGCCAUCCAACUUGGUCGACUUGAUGGUUCCUUCUUCUCUUUUACAAACACCAAUUGACUUGUCAUUGAAACCAAAUGACCCAGAAGCUCAAGAAGAAGUUAUCGAAACCGUUAAGCAAUUAAUUUCACAAGCUACAAACCCUGUCAUCUUGGUUGAUGCUUGUGCUUCAAGACACAAUUGUAAAUCUGAAGUUGCUGCGUUAGUCGAUGCUACUCAGUUCCCUGUUUUCACUACACCAAUGGGUAAAUCAGGUAUCAAUGAAUCACACCCAAGAUUCGGUGGUGUUUACGUGGGUUCAUUAUCAAGACCAGAUGUUAAAGAAGCUGUCGAAAGCGCUGAUUUGAUCUUGUCUGUAGGUGCAUUGUUAUCUGACUUCAACACAGGUUCAUUCUCAUAUGCUUACAAGACUAAGAACGUUGUUGAAUUCCACUCAGAUUACACCAAGAUCAAACAAGCCACUUUCCCUGGUGUUCAAAUGAAGGAAGCUUUAAACAAGUUGUUAGAAACAGUUAAAUCAUCAAUUGACUCAUCAUAUGAGCCAGUACCUGUACCAAGACAGAAAUUGAUCAACUCUCCAGCACCAGAGUCCACUCCAUUAACUCAAGAAUAUCUUUGGACUAAAGUCAGCUCUUGGUUCGAAGAGGGCGAUAUCAUAAUCACAGAAACAGGUACAUCUGCUUUCGGUAUUGUCCAAUCAAGAUUCCCAAACAACACAAUUGGUAUCUCACAAGUUCUUUGGGGUUCGAUUGGUUACACUGUUGGUGCUACUUGUGGUGCUGCAAUGGCUGCUCAAGAAAUUGAUCCAAAGAAGAGAACUAUCUUGUUCGUUGGUGAUGGUUCAUUACAAUUAACCGUGCAAGAAAUCUCCACAUUAUGUAAAUGGGAAUGUAACAACACCUACUUGUUUGUUCUUAACAAUGAUGGUUACACAAUUGAAAGAUUGAUCCACGGUGAAACUGCUUCAUACAAUGAUAUUCAACCAUGGAACAAUUUGCAACUUUUGCCAUUGUUCAAUGCUAAAGAUUACGAAACUAUUAGAAUUGGUACCGUUGGUGAAUUGAACAAGUUGUUUGCCGACAAGGCUUUUGCUGUCCCAGACAAGAUUAGAAUGAUCGAAGUUAUGUUAGCUAGAAUGGAUGCUCCUGCUAACUUGGUUGCUCAAGCUAAAUUAUCUGAGCAAACCAAUGCAGAAAGCGCUUAA